AGGGAAGAAGGAACAUUAGAGCUUGUCCUUAUCAUGAAUGCUUUUGGCCUGAUACAAAUUGGCCUCAUGCUGUCAAGCACCACCAUCAUCUCCAGUCUUCAGUGCAACCACCUCCCUUUGCAGCAAAGAAAAGUGAUAGAGAACAGCCUGCGACUCUUGGAUAAAAUGGGAAAAGAGUUUCCCCAGCAAUGUCUAAGAGAGAAAAUGUCCUUCAGAUUUCCUACACAGGUUCUGCAACCCAGGCAGAAAGAGACUGUUGGAGUUGCUAUUGAAGAGAUCUUCCAACAUAUCUUCUAUAUCUUUAGCAAAAAUCUGACUCUAGCUGCUUGGAAUGGAACAGUACUGGAUCAGUUUCAAAAUGGACUUUAUCUGCAAAUUGAGCAAUUGGAGGCAUGUGUAAUCGAAAAGCACACCCAACACUGUCGGAGUAAAGAAGUCAGCAGGCUGAAAUUGAAAAAGUACUUCCAAAAAAUAGAUUGUUUUCUUAAAGAUAAACAAUACAACCUGUGCUCUUGGGAGAUCAGCCGUGCAGAAAUGAGGAGAUGUCUCCAAUUGAUUGAUAAGGUGACAAGGAAGCUUAAAAACUAA